CCCAGCGGCCCAGGAUGCAGUUUCGCCUCUUCUCCUUUGCCUUGAUCAUCCUGAACUGUAUGGAUUACGGCCACUGCCAAGCCGGCCGCUGGAGACGCAGCAAGAGAGCUAGCUAUGGACCAAAUCCAAUUUGCAAAGGCUGUUUAUCUUGUUCAAAGGAUAAUGGGUGCAUCAGAUGCCAACACAAAUUAUUCUUCUUCCUACGAAGAGAAGGAAUGAGACAAUAUGGUGAAUGCUUGCAUUCCUGCCCGUCAGGGUACUACGGACUCCGAACGCCAGAUAUGAACAGAUGUUCAAGAUGCAGAAUAGAAAACUGUGACUCCUGCUUUAGCAGAGACUUUUGUACCAAGUGCAAAACUGGCUUCUACUCACACAGAGGCCGCUGCUUCCGAGGAUGCCCCCCUGGAUUUGCAGCCUUGGAAGAGCUUAUGGAAUGUGUGGAAGGCUGUGAAGUAGGUCAGUGGAGUGAGUGGGGAACUUGCAGCAGAAAUAACAAAACCUGUGGAUUUAAGUGGGGCCUGGAAACAAGAACCAGACAAAUUGUGAAGAAGCCAGCAAAAGACACGAUACCGUGCCCAACCAUUGCGGAAUCCAGACGGUGUAAAAUGGCCAUGAGGCAUUGUCCAGGAGGAAGAAGGCCAACAAAAACAAAGGACAAGAAAAAGAAGAAAAAGAAUUUGAUGGAAAGGGCUCAGAAGCAGCACAGCAUCUUUUUAGCAACAGAUAAAACAAGCCAGUAAAGACUUGGUUUUCUUUAAUAUAUUUUUUUGCAAAGUGCACAAAAGCUGCUAUAUGCUCCUGCCCAUGGAUGCACUACGGUUCAGCUGCUUAGACAGUAUUGGUGGCAAAUACCUUGUGAAAAAAAAGAAAAGCCCACAAACUUGCUUGGUUUAUUUAUAUUGUUUUUAUUUUAUUUUUUUCCUCUCAAUUUUGACCUGAAGACUUCAAGAUCAGGAGCACACUGAGUUGAAUCAGUGAAAAGUGGCUCUGAAGUGUGUGACAGAUUUGUCCUGAGUGCUCAGUCAACAUGUUGACAUGGAAGGGAAGCGGGAAAGAAACCUCUACAUCACCAUUAGGCGGACUUGUGCAUAUUUAAAUAAUAAAAAAGGAAGUCUUGGAGGUUUAGGUACUAUUGCAUAUAUGGCCUUUGUUUCCUAUAUUUGUACAUUUUAAGAGUAAAUGGAUAUGACUUACUUACUUAAUGUACGUUGUUCUCAGCCCCUGCUACGUUGGAACAGUUGUAUAAUAAAACUGCUUUAAGACAAUAUACUGCAGGAACCACUGCCUAGAGUUCCAGAAGUACAACAGACCCUGUGUGUACAUAUUACUCUGUCUACAUAUAAAUGAACAUAUUUACUGUACAUCUAUGCAUUUUUAUGUAUAAUACUUUAUACAUGUUGAAAGUUAUGUCCUGUUGGUUCUAAUAAUAUACUUUAAAAUAAUCCACUAAAUGUUUACUUUUUACUGUGUUUUAAGUAACUUCUCAUAUUUCUCAAUAGUUACAAACUAUUUUUCUCAUUUGGAAAACACAUUCAAAUGGCUAAACUACCUUGUAUUGACCCUCACAAUCAAGUGUCAGGUCUGAAGCAUACUUGCCAGACUAGUAAACCACAAGUCUCUUCUGCUAUUCUGUACUCCUAUCUCAGCCCGUGUAUUUUGUCUCAGAAGAAGAAAUGUACCUCUUUUAAGAAAAGGCACAAUGAUGAUGGAUGUUUUUAGUGUCAGGAGAGAAAUUAUAUGGAACAUUCUUGAUAUCUAAUAUUGUAUGUGUAGGGUUUUUUUUAAUAGAAUGCACAGUGUUUGAUUUCUGAUCCAGUCAGAUACAGAAAACAAAUACUUGAAUAGGGAAGAAACAAAAGAAAAAGCUAUGUAAGUGCAGUCAGUCAAAACUAUAGCAAUCUGCAGUCAAUGUUCCUGUAUUGUAAGUUAUUUGUAGAAGUUUAGCAAAUUUAAUCUGCAUCUGAUGUUUGUUUUGAGGAAUUUUUUGGGAGAGGUGGAGAGAAUUUUCAGUGUAGGAAGUUAAAACAGCUCAGGAUGUGUAAUUAGGUAAUCUAGCAUUACUGGGUUUACAUUUAAGGAGAUUUUUUUAAUACUUGCUGAGAAAAGACCAUGCUAAAACGGCUACAAUUAAUUUUAACUUAGAGAAGUUAUUCCAGUUCUGGGACUUAAAUUUGUAUAUGACUGACACAAAGCAAGGAAAGCUAAAACAGACCCCAGAACCAGACUUCAAAAAGACAAAAUUCUUAUUAACAUAUACUCUAGAAAAAUCCCACAAAUCUCAGUUUUAGUUUUAUGGGUUAUAUACUUUACAAAUAAACUAGGGAAAGAAAGUGUCUAUAAGCACAAAUAUAUCUGGGUUUAGGUAGGACAAAUGUUGCUACAAAAAUGUGCAGUAGUUAGGCACAUGUAAAUGUUCCAUGAAACUCCUUGUGGACUUCCACUUAAGCAUGAGGUUUUCACCAUCUUUCAUUUAGAAUAUGUUCAUAUUUAACUAGAAUGUAAUAAACUGAAGGAAAAUAAGAUCUGAUCCUGGGCUGCUAUUUUAGACAUUAAAUGCUCACUUAAAAAAAAAAAAAAAUAGACAAUAAGAACUGUAGCUGCCUGUUUGCUUAUUGGUUAUCAAAUUUGGCUGUAAGUGCAGUGAAUGCCCUCAUACAAUCAUUUUAGUAGUGGUUACAAAUACUGUAUUAGGCAUGUCAUGGAAAGAAUGCUACAAAAUACAA